AUGACGACUGAUCCAAAUAAAGAAAGUCUGUUCUGCACAGUGACGGCCGACGUGUGUUCGCCAUCCACGUGCCAAAACGGAGGCACAUGCAUUGACACUAUGGUUGGCUUCCUUUGUGUCUGUUCAGAUGACCCGGUUAUUUACACUGGCGUACAAUGUGAGCAUUUAUUUGACCCGUGUACUGACAAAGAUUGCCCCAACUGCAUCGGCACUCCAGGAACCAAAAACUACACCUGCCUCUGUCCCUACGGGUUUGACGGACCCAACUGCACCCACAACAUCAACGACUGCGAGAGUAACCCCUGCACGGGUGUCAAGAGCCACUGUGUGGAUGGAGUGAACAGAUAUUCCUGCCACUGUCCCAGUGGAUACAGUGGGGAUGAUUGCAGGACUAGGGUGCGAGACUGCUCAGAUGAACCGUGCUACAAUAAUGCCACUUGCGUGUGGGCACCAACUGGGUAUGAGUGCCAGUGUGCCAGUGGUUUCCAGGGCCAACACUGUGAAGAUGAUAUUGACGAGUGUCUGUCACAGCCCUGCAAGAAUGGCGCCAUCUGUCAGGAUGGCAUUGAUGUGUACUACUGCUACUGUGUGCCUGGUUUCCAAGGCUACCACUGUGAGACAGACAUAAACGAGUGCGCCUCACAACCCUGUGAGAACAACGGGACAUGCAUCAACGGGAAGGACCGCUACAUCUGUGACUGUCUGCCUGGGUUUACAGGUGUGAAUUGUGAAGUUGAGAUUGACGAAUGUGAAGCGGCUCCAUGUCAGAACGGCGCCACCUGUCACGAUCAUUUGGGGCUGUACACCUGUGAGUGUGUACCUGGAUAUGAAGGUGUUAACUGUGAACUCAACAUCAAUGAGUGUGAAAGUUUACCCUGCCAGCAUGAUGGCCUGUGUUUGGACAUGGUCAACAGCUUUGAGUGUGACUGCAGUGGCACUGGAUUUGUGGGCUCUUUCUGUGAAGAGGAUAUACCUGAGUGUGCAUCUGACCCCUGCCAGCACGGUGCGACCUGCCAGGAGGGACUUAACCAAUACACCUGUCUCUGCUGGCCAGGCUACAUAGGUGGGAACUGUGAGAUUGACGUGGACGAGUGUGAAACUUGGCCGUGUGAGAAUGACGGUGAAUGUUUCCAGCGAUCAGACUCCAGUCACUACAGAGUUCUGCCUGAACUGGACACCGACUUCAGCUACGAGAAUGCAGCCGGAUUCAUGUGCCACUGCAUCGCUGGAUUCACAGGUGAAAACUGCUCAGUUAACGUGAACGAAUGUGAGUCUAUGCCGUGUGAAAACGGAGGCACCUGUGAGGAUCUCAUCAACGCAUAUCAGUGCUCAUGUCCUCCAGGGUUCACAGGUGUUGUGUGUGAGAUCAACAUUGAUGAAUGUGAGAAUGAACCAUGUCAGAAUGGAGCCCGAUGUGAAGACGGCAUUAAUGACUACAUAUGCCACUGUCCUCCUCCUGAACCUGACCAGCUGCCAUGGGGCAGCCAUGACUGUAACAUCACAUUGACCGGCUGCUUGGAUGACCCCUGCCAAAACGGUGCCACCUGUAUACCUUCACUGCAAGGUGAUGAGCAACAGCACACCUGUCGAUGCACUCCUGGUUUCUACGGUGACAAAUGUAAAAUGACCACAACCUUCUCCUUCUCUAGAGGGGGUUAUAUGAUCGUCGAAGUUCCACAUAGUAACAGGACUCGCAGGCAAGCAGGAUUCCAAGGGCCAAGUAUCCAACUGCGGUUUAGGACGACCUUCACUGAUUUAAUUAUCUUCUACAGAGGAAGCCAGGAACAUUUUUUCAUACUGGAGCUAAUUGGUGGAAAUCUCAACUCGAGAGCCGAAUCAGGAGACUUCAAGCUCGCUGUGAAGCUGAAGGGUACUUUCAGCGAUGGACUCUGGCAUGAAGUUUUGGUUACUGUGGAUGAGAGGUUAACUCUGACCCUGCUGGCAGAAGAUGAGACCAAAGCUGAGGAUGAAGGUCACAACCAGCUUCUAUCCUUCCAGCCAUAUGGUUUGGAUAAAGUGUACAUUGGUGGGGUUCCAGAGGAGUACUUGAACAAAACCGCAACCAGGACGGGAUUCGUCGGCUGUUUUGAGGAUCUGCUGAUAGAUUCUCAGCCAGUUCUUCCACAACACCUCAGUCCAGAGCAGGCCGUGGACAUUGAGGUGGGCUGUGAGAAGACAGAAUGGUGUCAACCAGACCCCUGUUCUGAUCGUGGUCACUGUGUAGACCUAUGGUCAGACUAUAAAUGUGACUGUCACAGGCCGUUUCAUGGACACAACUGUUCAGAAGAGCAUUCUUCAUGGACAUUCAGUCAUGAGCGCAACAGAAGCUUUGCUGCUUUUCCCAUCAUGCAGAAGCACAGCGGCAAUAUCACUGUGUCAUUUUGGCUGAAAUCACGGCAGUUAAACGGCCUGAUCUUUCAACUGAAACGUCAGAAUCAAGCUUACCUCACUGUUGAUCUAAGAAAUGGCUCAACAUACAUUGCACUAUACAGCUCCAUGAGAAUGGCCUCAAACAUCAUAACCAACGGGGAGAAAGUGUUUGUGGCUAUUGAAAAACAUCAAGGCUUUAUAUUCUUUAAUAAAGUACAGAUUUUUGCCCCUAGAGAGUUCAAUGAUUUUGAGAUAGAGGCAGGGGAUGUGGCGUACCUUGGCGGGCUUCCUGACGGAGAGGACACCGCGAAGUGGAAUGGAUACUUUAAAGGCUGUCUGCAGGACGUCCGCAUAGACAACACACAACUGUACAUGUACUCAGGGAGCAUCAGCCAAAAACCACAACAUCCAAGCUACUUACCAAGAUAUUCAUCUAAUUUGCUGGAGCAUUGUGUUAGCGACCAAAUGUGUAAGAUGAGGCCUUGUCAGAAUGGAGGAAAAUGCCAGGUCCUUUGGAAUGACUUUGAGUGUUCCUGUCCUCUGAACUACACUGGGAAGACGUGUGACACUCGCGUGUGGUGUGUUAGUGAGCCGUGUGUCUUUGGGAGUAAAUGUGUAGACUUACCUGACGGUUAUGAGUGUUUAGCCAAUGCCACCUUCAAGAACAAUGCUUUGAAGUACAGUGCCAACGGCUCCUUAUAUGUCUCUGUGACAACCAUCUCAAUGGAGCUGCGAACCCGUGAGGAGAACGGAACGCUGUUACGUGCCUCCAACAAUCUCGAGUUCUUCUGUAUGGGCCUUCUGAAUUCCUCCCUGAUUGUGAAGUUCCGCAAGGCUAACAGUCUGGAGGUGCUAUCUUUUACCAGUGAGGUGCCUGUUUCGGACGGUGAAUGGCACCAAGUGAAGCUCUUCAUGUCCAGCUCGCACAAUGCAGUGCCUCAUUGGCAUCUCGCUGUGGAUGGGCAAGCAGCCCAUUACACACUGGCACCCGCUGGCAACAUGGACUUCUUCAACCACUCCACAGUGUGGUUGGCCGAGAACUAUACCGGCUGUUUGGGGGAGGUACGAAUUGGUCGGGUAUAUUUACCAUUUGUUGGAAGCCUCGAGGAGGAAGCACCACAAACCUCUCAAUUCAUCCGAGUUGGCGAGGUGGCAGCACCUCAGCUGGGAUGCACCAGCGCCCACUUGUGUCUUUCUGAGCCUUGCCAGAACAAUGGCAGAUGCUUGGACUUCUUCAAUCUCUUUGAAUGUGAAUGUGCUCCAGGAUGGAUGGGUGAUCGCUGCCAGGAUAACAUCGACGAGUGCAGCCAAGAGCCCUGCGUCCAUGGAAGUUGCAGGGACCUACCGGGGGACUACAAGUGUGAGUGCGCCCCUGGCUAUGGUGGCACUCACUGCCAUGUUGAGGUGGACAGGUGCCAGGAGCAUCGCUGUGAGAAUGGUGGCUCCUGUUUGCAUACAGUUGACGGUUACACCUGCAUCUGUCCACCUGAUCACUCAGGCCCAUUCUGCCAAUGGCGUUUCCCGCCUCAACAAUGUGAGGUGGAUGUGCAGUGUGAAAAUGAAGGCGUGUGCACCGAUGGAUUCAUGGGAGCAAACUGUACCUGCAAACCUGGGUUCACUGGAGAGAGAUGUCAAGUGGAUAUAGACGAGUGUGAGUCAAACCCCUGCCUUAAUGGAGGCACCUGCCUGAACAGACAGAACUUAUACCUCUGCGAGUGUGUGUCCAACUUCACCGGAGACAACUGUGAGAAUACAAAGUCACUGCAGAGGGAAAGUGUGCCAUGGCUGGUGGUGACCAUCCCAUUGGCAUGUCUUGGUACUCUAUUGGCAGUGGUGGUGCUGGUUUGCAUUGUUCUCACCGCCCGGAAGAAACGACAGUCGGAGGGUAUGUACAGCCCAAGUCAACAGGAAGUAGCUGGAGCCAGACUAGAGAUGGGCAGCGUGCUCAAAGUGCCUCCAGAGGAGAGACUGAUCUGACUAAGAAACAGCUAAACUGGUUGUGCUGAUGGUUUCAGCUGGUCUUACUAGCAACAAGGUCACUUACAGUGGCAUUACAAAGUGACAAAGGCAACGUGUUGCUUUUAUGUGUCAAGGCACGUUGUACAAAGCUACGUGUGCCUUCAUGACAUGGGAGACAAACUACGGUCACUUUACCCACAAUAAGUAGGAAAUUAGUGGGCUACAUCAGCUGCGUCAACACGGAUGGAAAUCCACUAUGAUAAUGGUUCUUCGCUUCAAGACACUCUUCUUCUUCUACUUCAUCAACAAUGAAACUUCAAAGUAGGAUUUAGUUUGGAUUUUGGGUUUACUACAAUUUUCACACCCUGUUUUUAUUUUCUGAAUUGGAACAUAGUUGAGCCAAACUCAUCUGUCACAGGACAGAUAAUAGUCUAAGAGCCGACUCGAAUAUGGUCAUAAUUUUGACAAUGCAUAGUUGCUGCGUUUUGCCUUUGCAUGUGAAAUGUUCUUUGUUCUAUUUAAAUGAGAACAAUGGUUUGAGAACGAUCCAUGUUCUGUACCUCUUUUUCAGAGGAAUCAGGCCAUGCUUUACUACAUCAGGGUCUAAUUUAUGGUACUUUUACUCAAGUGUGUGGACAAAGGUCUAAAUAUACUAUUAAUGUACUAGAGAGCCUGAUAUCUUAGUUUUACCAAUUAAUCGGUGCUGAUAGUUGCUUUUUGGAACUUUUGCAGAUAGUUGCCAAUAGUUUUUUCCAAUAGUCCUCCAUGUUCCUAAACAGCGGCCUCUAGAGGUCACUGACACCUCGUGGAUAUUUGCUGUAUUUAAAUCUUUCAUCACUGACAAUAUUCAUCCAUAUUUCUAUUCUUACUUCAAUACACAUUUUGUUAUUUUGAUUAGAUAAAACAAGAGUUCUAAAUGCUACUACAUGGAAAAGUGCCCCAUCAAAUGGUAAAUGGUCUGCACUUACAUAGCGCCUUCUUUAACCUCAGAGGUCCCAUUCACCCAUUCACACACACACUCAUUCACCCAUUCACACACACACUCAUACACCCAUUCACACACACACUCAUACACCCAUUCACACACACAUUCACACACACACUCAUACACCCAUUCACACACACACUCAUACACCCAUUCACACACACACUCAUACACCCAUUCACACACACACUCAUACACCAAUGGUGGCAGAGCUGCUAUGUAAGGUGCUAUCCUGCCAUUGGGAGCAACUUGGGGUUCAGUGUCUUGCCCAAGGACACUUCGGCAUGUGGAGUCAUGUGGGCCGGGAAUCAAACCACCAACCCUGCAAUUAGUGGCCGACCCGCUCUACCACCUGAGCUAACAUGACACGUGUUUUAAACUUUAUGUCUGUACCCAUCAAAGAAAGAAAGCAAUUUUAAACAUUGUAUAACUUGAUUUUAAAAACCAUCGGAUGAUUAAUCGGUUAUCUUCUUUUCCACCACCUUAGUUAUCGGUCGACUUCUAUUACAAACAUUUAAAGCCACUUUUAUAAUUCAGGAGGUUUGUAAGUACAUGACUAAUAAAACAUUUCUGUAUGUUUGAGAGUACAAACAUUUCAUACAAAAAUCAGACACAUAAUAAACAUCCAGCACAUAUAAUGUUAAAGCUAAAUCAAAUGAAUGCACAGCAAAAUGCAAUCUGGUCUCAUAGAGUCAUGUUGCAAUACUUGCCUUUUUGCUAAAUUAUUUUUACAAAACUCACUUUCAAACAAAUCACACGUAAAAUGGCAGAUUAUCAGUUUAUAAACACUUGAUUCUGUAGGUUAGGUUUAGGUUAACCCUAUAAUGCCAUGUGCAUCAAAUAUAAUGAUGCUCCUAAGUUUAACAUGUUUAUGGCACCUCGUCAUCUAGUGGUUACUUGUGAAAAAAGCGAAAAGUGACUUUUGUUUUGGGAUAAAUUACAGCUUAUUUUAAUAAAGUAAAAAUGACAGUAAUGAUUAUAUUGUUUCUGAUAUUCUAAAAUGAGUAUUUACUGAAUAAAAGCAACUUGAGCUUGGUUCAAAUUUUGUAUAUUAUUUCAUUGAAAACCCCCAUUUCCAAAUCCAUGCAUCAAAUAUGAUACAACAGGCUUUUUUUUAUGUUGAUAAUUCUGACAUGUACAUUUUAUACGAUAUUUUUAAAGUGUGAACUAAUAUUUCUGUGUAUGUUCAUAUAUGCUGUGUUCUCUGUCAUUAUAAAGUUCUCAUUAUUUUACAUUACAAGCUGUAAUGAUGUCAUCUUACCAGAAGUUAAUGAGAACCAGCGAAAAAUGUUUUGCAAUUUAUGUUUUUUAAAUGUUAAUAUAGUGUUUGAUGCAUAAAUUACUGUUUAUUUUGUUCAUGUUGCAUUUGAUGUGUUGAAUUGAACUGUGAUGCAUUUCAGUCCAUAUUAACAGACCAAGAACAGGAAGUUGUCAUGGUCAAUCUCUCAAACAUUUGGUAUCUUUGAAAAGCCCAAAGAGUCCUCUGAUAAUACCCCAAGAUUUACCACCAUAACAACUUAUUAACAAAUGUCCUAUAUACAGAAAUGUAUUGCUUGGCCUCAGGAGGAUAAUGACCUUUAAAGCAUAAUGUAUCAAAUACGAUACAUAAAAAAAUAACAUAAAUACGUGCAUUUUUUUUUUUACAAUUUCGUUUUAGAGUUUGUCUAAUGGCACUGAAAACAGAUUAAUGUCAAAAAUUUGGAAUUUUCUGACAGUUCUUUCAUAUGUCAGGUUGGUUUUGUUGAUUUAAAUCUCAAUAGAGCAUUACCCUUAAAAACCUCAUCUGUUUGGGGGAACAUUUAACUCGCUUUUAGCGCCACACAGUGGACAUUUCACCUCGAAACUGCCGUGAUAUGUGUAUGAAACCACAUCAUGUCAUUUUAUAAAAAUGUCACCACAGUCACGUAAUUUUCAUGAGACCAGGCUAGCAAAAUUAGAUAUUUCUUAACAUUUUUUUACAUUCUUACCCAUAGUACUUGCGAAUAUAAAAAAAAGCCUUGUCAAUUUAUUUUUUAUUACAUUUUUUUAUUGUUUCUCCCCUUUUCUCCCCAAUUUGUAACACCCUAUUCCCAAUGCUCUCCAAGUCGUCGGGGUGGCGUAGUGACUCGCCUCAAUCCGGGUGGCGGAGGACGAAUCUCAGUUGUCUCUGCGUUUGAGACUGUCAAUCCAUCACGUGGCUUGUUGAGCGUGUUACCGCGGAGACCUAGCGCAUGUGGAGGCUUCCCGCUAUUCUCCGCGGCAUCCACGCACAACUCACCACAAGCCCCACCGAGAGCGAGAACCACAUUAUAGCGACCACGAGGAGGUUACCCCAUGUGACUCUACCCUCCCUAGCAACCGGGCCAAUUUGGUUGCUUAGGAGACCUGGCUGGGGUCACUCAGCACACCCUGGAUUCAAACUCAUGACUCCAGGUGUGAUAGUCAGUUGAGAUACCCAAGACCCCCCCGGAGUUUAUUUUGUAACAAUAUCAAAAUGGUUGAAUUAUACUCUGUGUGCCUUGAUAAUAUACCCAAAAAAGACAGGAAUUUGACAUUUCCAUAAUUCAAGAGCUUUUUAUUUCCUCUUUCUUUUAGCAAGUUUAUAAAGUGUGUUUAAACAGUUUUGAGAUGCUGUAAUAUGUUUUUGCUACAUACACUGGAUUGCUUUCACAGAUAAGAUAUAAAAAUAUAAACAGAUAUUUAAUAAAAGUCCCCGGAGCACAGGUCAAGCGCUAAAGAAUUUUCUAAAUGGUUUUCUGUGUAGAAACUGUCUCAGUAUUUAAUUAGUCCAGUUUGAUAACACUGUACUCUUGUUUUGUUUUGCAUUCACUGGAACUUCCACUGAAUCGUGUGUGUGUGUGUGUGUGUGUGUGUGUGUGUGUGUGUGUGUGUGUGUGUGUGUUAAAAUUAUACUGUGAGAUGUGAUGACUGUAUUUGUAUGUUUUUAUAUUGUAUUGUAUUGUGCAUACUUUCUUCCUGAUGUAUGAUUUUAAAUAUUAUGACACGAUAAACCACAAAGUCUUUUACUGAAGGUGGUGUUUGAAUUGUUCCUGUGAAUCUGAUUCAAGUGGUUACAAAUUCAAUGAAAAUGCUUUACAAUUUUAUUAAAUGAACUCAAACGAAAGAGUCCUCUAUAUGAAUCGUGUCUUGCAAAAUAAUUAUA